AUGGCCUGUGCUGUUGGUGAUGGGAUGCUGCUCGUGCUCGCGCUGUGGCUGGCGUGGCAGGACGCGGCGGCGGCGCCGACCCCCGCGGCCGAGGACAUCACCCGUGGAGUUGACUGGCUGACAAAAUUUGGUUAUCUGCCUCCUCCGGAUCCUGUCACAGGACAACUGCAGACGCAGGAGGAGCUCACAAAAGCCAUCACUGCCAUGCAGCAGUUUGGAGGCCUUGAAGCAACAGGCAUCCUAGAUGAAGCCACGCUGGAAUUGAUGAAGACCCCUCGCUGCUCGCUCCCCGAUGUCGCCGCCUCGGAGAGCAGGGAAAAGCGGCACACCCAGGCUGYGACCAAGUGGAACAAGAGGAACUUGUCCUGGAGGGUCCGCACCUUCCCAAAAGAAUCCCAGCUUGGUCACGACACAGUCCGUGCCCUGAUGUACUACGCCUUGAAGGUCUGGAGCGACAUUACCCCAUUGAACUUCCACGAAGUGGCUGGUAACAAUGCAGACAUCCAGAUCGACUUCUCCAAGGCAGAUCACAAUGACGGCUAUCCCUUCGAUGGGCCUGGCGGCACAGUCGCUCAUGCUUUCUUUCCUGGAGACCACCACACAGCAGGAGACACUCAUUUUGAUGAUGAUGAAUAUUGGACCUUUCGAUCAUCAGAUGCRCAUGGGAUGGACCUGUUUGCUGUAGCUGUCCAUGAAUUUGGACACGCCAUUGGCUUGACGCACAUCUCUGCCAUAGAGUCUAUCAUGAGACCCUAUUAUCAAGGUCCGGUGGGGGAUCCUUUGAAGUACGACCUACCUUACGAGGAUAAAGUCCGAAUCUGGCAACUCUAUGGAGUCAGGGAAUCUGUGUCCCCCACAGCCAAGCCUGUAAGCAAAGCAGAUGACCAUCCUAUGCUGCCAGAAUUGCCAGAAAACCGCUCCACUAUCCCGCUCCGCAGGGAUGUGCCCAACAGAUGCAAUACUCACUUCGAUGCCGUGGCCCAGAUCAGAGGAGAGGCUUUCUUCUUCAAAGGCAAGUACUUCUGGAGACUGACUCGCAAUAAGCACUUGGUCUCCCUCCAGCCGGCCCAGAUCCACCGGUUUUGGCGGGGUUUGCCUCUGAAUUUGGACAGCGUGGAUGCCGUCUAUGAGAGAACCAGCGACCACAAGAUUGUGUUCUUCAAAGGAGACAGAUACUGGGUGUUCAAAGACAACAACGUGGAGGAAGGAUAUCCCCGRCCCAUCUCGGACUUCGGGCUGCCCCCGGGAGGAAUCGACGCUGCUUUUUCCUGGCCCCACAAUGACAAGACUUAUUUCUUUAAGGACAAUCUCUACUGGCGCUACGAUGACCACGAGCGGCGGAUGGAUCCUGGAUAUCCUUCAGAGAUAGCUUUGUGGAAGGGAAUUCCCAGCCCUUUGGAUGAUGCCAUGAGAUGGUCAGAUGGCGCAAGCUACUUCUUCAGGGGCAAGGAAUACUGGAAGGUGCUGGACAGCGGGAUGGAGGCCGAGGCCGGCUACCCGCAGUCCAUCGCUAGGGACUGGCUGGUGUGCAGCGACAUGCAGGCGGACUCCCCGGAGGCCGCGGGGAGCAGCAGGACCGGGGCGCGCGCCAAGCCCGGCCACCACGACGAGAGCCGCUCCGAGAACGCCUACGAGGUCUGUUCCUGCACCUCGGCCUCCGACUCCCUCCAGCCUUGCCCUGUGCUCAGACUCUCAGCCGGCCUYAUGCUGACGAGCGUGUGGACAGCAGCGCUGGUGUGCGUGGCCCUAUGACGGCUCCUCACGCCGGCGGGACAUCGUCACGGUGCUUUCGGGGACGGCAGGUGGAUAAAGUCCCACGAUGCUGCGCUGUUGCAAGCAGACAGAAACAUUCCUAGGAACAUACCAGAAAAGGUUGUGAAUUCUCCAUGAGAAGUGAACAGUGGAUUUUUUUUUUUCUUUUUAAUUUUAGUUUAAAGGUCUAAUAACAGAUUUUGAGUUCUGCACCUUUUUAUUCCCCCAUCCAGGUAAAGAUGAGAGCAGCCUAUAAUGUUGAAUUUAGAAAUGUUCCAUGCAGAUGUGUUGCUUUGAAUGUGUUAAAACUGCAAACAGGGGAGGGGAAAGCUACUGAGAACGAAUGAGAACAGAACAGCUCCCAUAAGACGGGGACAAAAGGCAGCAGGGCUAGGGCGGAGGUGCAGUAGCUGCGCUGACAUUUGAUGACACGGUGUACACAUCCUAUUGGAUGUACAAGGUAGAGAGAAACUUUGGCUCCACUAAGAUUAACUGCAAGGUGAUCAUUUUACUAUCAAAUCUGCUGUGGUAACUGAUGUUGAGAUAACGUGUAUCAGUUCCUAUGGGUCAGAAACACCUUUGCCUUUCAGAAGGCAGUG